AUGCGUCGUGGGUCCCAGGAUGAAAGUAUUACCAUUCAUAAGCGUGCCGUCCUGCUCGAUCUGAAAGGAAAUACGACAUUACCUCUAAAAUUCGUGCGUGGGCCCGUGAUAACGAGGAUCAACCACUGCGAAGACCUGCUUCAUGCAACCCACAAAAUAGGUCAAGGUUCAGACCAAGGCAUUGAGGCCAGUUGCGGCCAUCUCGGACCAACUAUUAUCGUCCAAUAG